AGACAGACUGAAGACCCUCAGAAAUAGGGAUCCGUGUUCCCCUUUCGGUACGCAGCUUCAAUUGAGAAACGUCCUCUGCUAGAGGACGGUUGUGAUGGUCAAGUGGCACUCUGAAGAGUUAACCACUUGCAAUAUCAACCCAACUUAAUACACCAAACUUUUUCCAAAAUACAUACCAAGUGACAAAAAAGAAAUAAAAGUUAUUCCAAGUUCAAAUUCUUACAUGUCAACGUCAAAAUUCAUAAUAUCACAAGCCCUCAAGACUGCAUAAUCUAAAGAAGGAAAAUUAGACAGAUCUGAAUAUAAUAAUCAACAAUGGCAAACGAGGCUGAAGAAACUGUGCGAAAGCUGUCCAUGCACAAAGGCGUUGCUGGAGUGAUUGUGGUGAAUGGGGAAGGAAUACCUAUAAAAACUACCCUUGAGAACCACGUAUCUGUGCAAUACGCGGGGUUAAUGAGCUCUCUAGUCGAUAAAGCGAAGGCAGUAGUAAGAGAUCUUGAUCCUUCAAACGAUUUGACGUUUUUAAGGAUACGCACCAAGAAAAGUGAGGUGAUGGUCGCGCCAGAUAAAGACUUUAUACUAAUAGUUGUACAGAACCCGGUUGAAUGACGAAGGCUUUGGCUUUUUAGCCAACUUUUUUUUAUUUACAAUUUGACUUAAAUGCUGUUUUACGCGGCUUUUAGUAAUAGUGUUUGCUUCUAUAAUUCAAUCAUGUUUCCUUGUUUUCUUAAUUUAUUGUAAUUUAGCUACUUUCACACGGUUUUAGCAUUAACUGUAGUCGUUAUAUCGCAUUAAAUCGUCAGCUGCGCCGUGUGAAGAAUCCUUUGCUUAUUUUGUGCUGAUGUGAAAUUAAUUAUAUUUUUCCUUGUUAUUUAUUAGUUUAAUGCAUGUAUAACAUAUCGUUUCAAU